GCGAGCGUGGAGACCAGUAGUGGGAGAGAAGAGGUGUCCUCCUCCUCUCUGGUUGAUGGUGGAGCCAUGUUCCAGCCCAAGGCGCUCAGGAGGAGGCCUGGGACCCCCGAGCCCCCUGUGCGCAGCAUCCGGCCCUUUAAGUCCAGUGAGCACUACCUGGAAGCCAUGAAGGAGGACUUGGCUGAGUGGCUGCGGGAUCUCUACGGCCUAGACAUAGACAGGGCCAACUUCCUGCCCAUGCUGGAGACGGGCCUGGUGCUGUGCCGGCACGCCAACACUGUCACCAAGGCCGCCUUGGCCUUCCUGGCUGAGGCACCUGUCCAAGCCCAAAGGAUUCCUGUGCCCCGGGCCGGAGUUUCCUGCAAUGGGGCCGCCCAGCCGGGCACCUUCCAGGCACGGGACAAUGUCUCCAACUUCAUCCAGUGGUGUCGUAAGGAGAUGGGCAUCCAAGAGGUGCUGAUGUUCGAGACCGAGGACUUAGUGCUGCGCAAGAACGUUAAGAACGUGGUGCUGUGCCUGCUGGAGCUGGGCCGCCGCGCCUGGCGCUUCGGGGUCGCGGCGCCCACCCUGGUGCAGCUGGAGGAGGAGAUCGACGCGGAGCUGCGGCGGGAGCUGGCGCUGCCCCCUCCGGACCCACCCCCGCCCGCNNCGCCCGUGCGUCGAGCCUGCCACUUCCGCAACCUGGACCAGAUGGUGCAGAAUCUCGUCAGCCACUGCACAUGCCCAGUUCAAUUCUCCAUGGUCAAGGUGUCUGAGGGGAAGUACCGUGUGGGAGACUCUAACACCCUCAUCUUCAUCCGGAUCCUCCGGAACCAUGUGAUGGUGCGUGUGGGUGGUGGCUGGGACACGCUCGGCCACUACCUGGACAAACAUGACCCCUGCCGGUGCACCUCCCUCUCGCACAAGCCCGGCAGCUUCCUGAAGGCCCCAGCCCCACCGGUGCAGCAUGACGUGAAGGUGAAGGUGCAGGACGGGCCCUCGCAGCCCCAGCCCAUGAUGACCAUCAGCCGCUCCCAGAGCCCACUGCCCCCAGUGGACUGGAAGACAUAUACCUCUUCAGGCCGAAAGUCGAGGCCCCCUACUUCUUCCUCCCUGAAGCCCCACAAUGAACAGGGAGCAGGGCUGGGGGUCCUCAGGGAGAUGGCACCACCCCUGAGGUGCCAGGAGAGGUCGCUCACCCCCUCUCGGAGGCGGCUGCCAGCGGAGGACAGCUCAUGCAGGCCCCGAUCCUCCUCCGCCCAGAGGGGCCAAGCCCCACAAUGCAUGUCUGAAGGGAAGAGGGAAGACAGACAGCCCUCUGAGCUCCUCAGGGGAAGGACUCCUGCCUCUUGGGUCCAGGAGGAGAGCAACAGCUUGGGGGCUCGUGGCAGGGCCCCAACCCCCCAGAGACUCCAAGUCCCCGAUGUGACCACCAAGGGGACACCAGCGAGAGGACCAUCUCCUCUGCCGUGUUCCUCUAGUCCAGCCAAGACCCUGGGCAUCGAGCAGCUGCCUCGGGGAGGGAGGGAGGAUGCUUCCCUCCAGCUCUGGGAGCCAGGAACCUUCCUUUCUCCAUCCCCUGUUAAAGGAGCCACCAAGAUCCCCAACCAGCUGCCUCCAGCCCGGCCCCCGACUCCAGGAAGCAGCUUCUCAGGGACUGAAGCUCCCAGGACGGAGGUGGAAAGAGUUUCCAGCCUACUAAGGGCUGUGGUUGGAGACAGACAUGUGACUGAGUCUAGACAGGGAAACUGCUCUGCAAAGAGGGGGCAGGGGGGCCAGAAGCUGGACAUCCAGGAAAUAGCAGAGGCCAGACAGCCCCGGGGACUGGGUCCCCAGGAGCAGGAUGCAGGGUGCAUACGUCUGCCCCUUGACAGGACCACAGAGCAAGCUGCCUACCAUAGCCUUGAAGAGGAGAUUCUGGCCGGCAUGAAGCUGUUAGAGACAGUGGCUACCGGUCGUCAGGGAGCAGGGUCCAGGGCCAUCCCUCGCAGUGGAGUCUACGUCCCCAGCCUGGGUGGGCGCUGGCCAGAGCCUGGUGGUCCUUAUGAGAAAGUCAUUCGAGAGCUGGCUCAGGGCCCCCCACCCCUUUUUAAAGUACACCUGGGAGCCUGGGUCAGAUCCCCUACAGGGCCCCGUCACCAGGCUGUUACUCCGGGGCCUGGAAGCCCGGAAGGGAAGCUCGGCGUGAGAGAGGGUGGGCCAAGGACUAAUGAAGCCCUCAGUGAUAAGGCCGCCAGGAUGAGGAAGGGACCACCUCAAGGGAGGCAGAGCCGCACAGCUUCUCCUGUGUCUGUCAGCCCAGAGAUGCCCACGCCUUUGCCCUUGGACCCCAACACUGACCAAGCCCAAGGAUGCCCAAGCAAAGCCAAGAGGACACUUCGGAAACCCCAGCGAGUCCCAUCCAUCUACAAGCUGAAGCUGAGGCCCAGAAUCCGGCCCCGGAAGGACCACAGGCCCGAGAAGCAGCCUUCUCGCAUCCCCAAACCACUGGCCUACCUGCGCCUAGGGCCCAUCAGGGUGCCCACCAGGCACAGGCUGUCCAGGGCAGCACUGGGCAGCAAAGGAGGGGAGGCCCCUCCAGUGGAUGGGGCGUUAGAGGGAGCAGAGGAGAAGGGGAGACGGGAGACGAAGGAGCCAGCCACCGCAUGGGAGAGCAGCCUGCCACCUCCGGAGGGCCCGAGGCCUCAGGAGCUUGACCAGACGCCAUGUGCCCCUGAGGAGGAGACCUGGGUCUAA